GAUUUUGACAACUUCCAGCCAAGCCGGUACGAGAGUUUGAUAAGACGCGCAGGCGUGGACUUAUAGGAUCUUUCACUUUCGGUUAGGAAAACAGUCGCUGGACGUGACUUUGCUAAAUCCAGGCAUUUUGGAAUUAAAACGGCAAACAACUCGGUAAACAGCGCGUUGACAUGUGGGCUCGAGGGUUCUUUGGCUUGGCGACUUUUCUGAUCGGGCUCGGUUUCGGCAGCUGCGCCGAGCAAACUCUCUACAUAGCCAUCCAAGAGGAGAUUUGGGAUUACACACCCGGCGGCAGAAAUGAGGUGACGGGAGAGAGUGUUGGUGAAAACCGGUUUUGGAAGGCUGUGUACAGGCAGUAUUCGGACUCCUCUUUCUCCUCUGAGGUCCCCAAGCCGGCGUGGCUCGGCUUUCUAGGUCCCGUCAUCACAGCUCACGUUGAUGAUGUCAUCAAAGUUCAUCUGUUCAACAACGCCACCAGACCCUACUCCAUACACCCCCAUGGGCUCUUCUACGAGAAGGACUCAGAAGGUGCACUCUAUCCGGAUGGCACUAAGGGUGGUAUGAAGGAUGACGAUUCAGUGGCUCCGGGUUCUAAACACACCUACACAUGGCACGUCAAAUCAGAUUUCGCGCCUGCCAAGGGCGACGCCCCCUGCCUGCCCUGGGCCUAUCACUCCCAUGUCGAUGCCCCCAGAGACAUCGCAGCAGGACUAGUAGGACCAAUGCUCACCUGCCGCAAAGGUGAGAGUCUACAGGUGGAUAAAGAGUUCUUCUUGAUGUUCAAUGCUGUGGAUGAAAAUAUGAGCUGGUACGCAGAGCGCAAUGGAGAAGAGGAGUUUCCCCUCAAGCACUCUAUCAAUGGCUACAUGUUUGGCACGCUGCCCGAUCUGAAGGUGUGUGCAGGUGGGCGCGUGGCCUGGCAUAUUCUGGGCAUGGGGAACGAGGCUGACGUCCACUCUGUAAAUUUCCGCGGCAACACGCUGCUGGAGCGCGGACACCGACGUGAUGUCAUCAGCGUAUUCCCUGCCUCCUUCACCACGGCAACCAUGCACCCCAUGGCAACGGGCAAAUGGAUGCUGAGCUGCCUCGUCAGCGACCACAGGGAAGGGCCUCAGGCGUUCUAUGAGGUGGUGCAGGGCGGUGAGUGUCAGGACGUUCCCACGACGACGUUGACGGGGGGCCGUGAGCGCCAUUAUUACAUCAUGGCCGACGAGACCACCUGGGACUAUGGCCCCCUGGGAUACAACAACUUCACACAUAUUCCCCUCACACAGCCGGACAGUGAUGCGGAGGUGUAUUUUGGUAAAAGUCAUGGAGCGUUGGGUGGGCAGUAUUUAAAGGCGCGCUACGUAGCUUUCACUGAUGAGACGUUUACUCAGCGCAAGCCACACUCCCCACACCUUGGCAUUCUGGGGCCAGUGAUUUCGGGAGAGGUGGGUGACACUCUGGUGGUGACAUUCUUCAAUAAUGCGACUCAGACCUUCAGCAUGGAGCCACACGCGCUAUACCAUGAUGGCGUGGAGAGGGGUGGGGCCUCUGUGUCUCCUGGCUCCAGAUUUACCUAUCGGUGGCGAGUACUCGAUGGCCCCACCCCCUCUGACCCUGCCUGUCAAUCAUUCCUCUAUUACUCUGCUCACGACGCCCCACGCGAUACCAACGCCGGGCUGGUGGGGCCAAUCAAGAUCUGCAAGAGGGGAACACUAGAGGAGGACGGAACACAGAGGGGUGUGAAUAAAGAAUUCUUCUUGCUGUUCGGGGUGUUUGAUGAGAACUUGAGCGGCUACCUGGACAAGAAUAUUGAGCUCAAUGGAGGGGAACUUAGAAAAAAGGAUGAUGAAGACUUCAAGGAGAGCAACAAGAUGCACGCUAUAAACGGCCGUAUGUAUGGUAAUUUAGAGGGCCUGGAUAUGUGUGAGGGUGACCAGGUGGUGUGGUACACUCUGGGUGUGGGCUCCCAGGUGGAUAUCCACGGAGUCUAUUUCCAGGGCAACGUCUUCCAGCGCCAUGGCAACACGCGAGACACCCUGAACCUCUUCCCACACACCAGCACCACGGUGAAGAUGACGGCUCACAACACGGGUGUGUUUUCUGUGAGCUGCCGUACAACUGACCACUUCACUGCAGGGAUGAGGCAUUAUUAUCACGUAAAGCAAUGCGGCAAACCCACACACACCGACCCUCAGGUGCACACGCCCACGCGGCAUGUAGAGUACUUUCUCUCUGCGGAGGAAGUGGAGUGGGAUUACGCCCCCAGUAGAGACUGGGAACUGGAGAAACAUAACAUGAAUGCAGAAGACAGUUACGGGAGUGUAUUCCUGAAUGAGAGUGAGUCGCGUAUCGGCUCGCGCUACAAGAAGGCUGUGUUUCGCCAAUACACCGACGCCUCCUUCAAGACUCCCGCACCCAACGUCACACACCUGGGAAUCAUGGGUCCAAUUCUGAGGAUGCAGGUUGGGGAACAGGUGUCAGUGGUCUUUAAGAACAAAGCAUCUCGCCACUAUUCCCUCCACCCCCAUGGGGUGGAGCCUCAGCCCAACAUCCAAUCAUCUGUGGCUCCAGGCGAUACCAGGAAGUACCUCUGGAAUGUUCCGGCGAGGGUCGGGCCUGGACCCAACGACCCACCGUGUAUUACCUACGCUUACUACUCGACUGCUGACUACACACGGGACCUGGCGAGUGGUCUGGUGGGUCCCCUUGUGGUGUGUUCUGAAGGUGUUCUGAAGGACGUGAACACACCCUCUCAAACACACACAAACUCUCGGCGGCGACGAAACACCCCCACCCUGUCCCGUCGCCGUGGUGACGUGGAGAAGGAGUUUGCUCUGCUCUUCAUGGUGUUUGAUGAGAACGAGUCCUGGUACCUGCAAGACAAUAUCCUGAAACAUACACGCACACACAUCGACACCAGCGAUCCUGACUUCAUGGAGAGCAACAAGAUGCACGGUAUAAACGGUCGUCUGUACGGUACUCUAAAGGGCCUGGAGAUGUCGGUUGGCGAUCGCGUCGUCUGGUAUCUCAUCACCCUUGGCAACGAAGUGGACAUGCACACUGUACACUUCCACGCACACACAUUCACAUACCAGGACACUCACACACACGCUGCAGAUGUCUUUGAUCUUUUCCCCGGAACCUUCCAGACGGUCGCCAUGACAGCAAAGCAUCCUGGGACAUGGCUGCUGCACUGUCACGUCGCCGACCACAUACACGCUGGAAUGGAAACAACAUACACUAUACUCACAGGUGCCAGAGCUCCCCCAACUAGCCAGCCCAGGGAUGCAGCUUCCCCAACUGGCCAGCCCAAGAAAGCAGCGCGACAUCGAACUCUCCUAUGGGUCAGCCUCGGCAUCAUGGGAGUGCUUUGCAUUUCUAUUAUCCUAUUGAUCCGGAGGACUGUAGACACGCCCACCCAAUCUGAUGAUCAGCCCCCAGAGAAUGUGGAACUGACAACACACACACAGUCAUGAACACGCACACUCACACGCACAUGCACAUGCACAUGCACACUCACAGACCAUGGAACUGACAACACACACAUGAACACACACACAAGCACACACACGCACUCACACACAUACACACACACAGAGUCCUUAUGAACUGCCACAAGGAACGGUGCUCUCCUUCAGCUAAAACUCUGUGAUUCACCACAAGCGGAAGUCCUCUGAUGACACUGUGACUGUAUCAAGGACAGUCAGGAAGAGCAGUACAGGGGACUGGUGCUGUUCCAAGCAGCUGCACCUGAACACCACCAAAGCCAAGGGGAUGGUGGUCAACUUUAGGAGAUCCUGCCCACCUGUGAUGAAAGUGAAGUGAAGGCCCACCUGGGAAACUCCCAUUAACAUUGUGACACAGCCCUCCACAGCAUACAGUGCUCACUGCACACAACAAAAUUGCAUUUAAGCCUCACCCGUGCAAGGCGGCAGCCUCAAACGGCACCCCAAGGGAGCAGUGCGGCAGGACGGUACCAUGCUCACAGUACCUCAGGCAUGCAGGAGGAUGGGGGAGAGUCUGUCUGAUGCCUGUCUUUAUUGAGUGAGAGAAUGUGAAGUACCCAGGGGAAAAUAAACUGGACUGAACUGCUAAUUCAUCUCCUCUCUACGACAAAGGCCAGAGAAUGUGUAGAUGUGCUAUACAGUAUGUUUCACAGGGCCGGAUUAACCUACAUAUCUCAGCCUCUGGAGCACAUACAAAUAUGAAAUCAGUUGCAUUUAAGAGCUAGGACCCUCAUUUUGCAUUAGAAUGUGUCUAUUCAGCUCUAACAUUCCCACAUUUUCAAUUAAAAAAAAACAUAUCUCAAGAGCCUGAAUGCAGCGUAUAUGUUGCUCCAGGUGCCAUAGGUACACAAUGUACGCAGCAAAAUGGGUUAAUGCACAGGCUAGAUUUGGCUUCAGCCUGCCAGGGGGCCCCCGAUAUGCCAUAGGGGGAAAGAUCAGUAAUUGCAGAAUUCUGACAAGAUAUGAUAUUGAAAAAUGAGGCUGUGUCAGGUACAGUUUGAAAUCUUAUUAAUACUGCAUAGUUGGCAAAGAUGUUAUAUAUAUAUAUAUUUAUUUAGAUGUAAUUUUGAUGUAAUUAUGUAAUGAAUGUUGCCUUUUGUGAGGGCCUACAGCAACCUGUAGCCUAGGUACCCCUGGCCAUCUUAAUCCGGCCCUGAUGUUUCAUCUGUCCUCCCUUGUAUGAAUUAUUUAUAACUUGUGUAUUUGUCUAUGCUGCUGGACAUUGUAAUUUUCAGCGGGAUCAAUAAAGUUAGUGUGUAAUGUU